AUGGCAUCUGGCACUCACCAGCCGACGGUAGUGGGCCUACCGGCUGCGGCAGUGGGGACGCCUGCGGCACUGGCGUGGUCUGCAACCAACGCUGUCGCCCUAACUGCUCGGGGCGCCGUCUUCCUCCUCGCACCCUCACCGGCUGCCUCCCGGCCGACAGCCACCGCCGACGACCACGCCCCCUUCCGCCGUGUCGCCGCCAUCGCCCUCGCAGAUCACGGCUCGUCGGCUCCGUCGCCGCUUCUUGUCCGCGAGCGUGCGCUCAAGGCUGCCAAGACCUCCCGCGGCCAGUCUGCUGCUGCUGCUGCCGCUGCUGCUGCUGCUGAUACUGCUGCUGCUGCCGCUGCAUAUGCUGCCGCCGCUGCUGCAUCGUCGUCGUCUUGCCGCCCGUGGCCGCAUCCACUCGGCCGCCCGCGCGCCUUUGUUGCCUCUGUCUGGGGCCCGCUUGGUUCUGACGGCCGCGGCGGGUGCGCGCUCGCGCUGCUCGACUCGACCGGUGCCGCCGUCGUGUAUGCGCCGGGGCCGGGGCAGGUGCCGACCUGGCUCCCCUGCCUCGACCUCUCCGCCGCCGUCUUUGACCACUUGCUUGCCCGCAACGAGCCGCCGCCGCCGGCGACGCCCGAGCCUGAUGCUGAGCUUCCACCGGCCGAGCCACCACAACGCACCAACAAACGCGCGCUUGCCGAUGACGCGCCUCUUGCCCGCCACGCCCUCUCAGCUCUCGCAUGGUCACGCGAGCUUCCAGGCUCCGGUUGCCAGCCGCCGUUCUCGCUUCUCGCGACCGCAGCUGUUGACUCUCUUGUCAUCUUUGCCUACACCCCAGCCGAGCGCCCAGUCUCCCGCAGCGCUGUCGCCGUGCCCAAGCUCGCACCGGUCGCCAUGAUCGAGCUUGCGGUCUCGCUGGGAACGUGCCAGACUGUGGCGCUCCACAAGGUCACCACCAUGGACAUCACCGACUGGCGCGGCCACGUGCUCGUUGCUGUCGGCACCGCCACUGGUGUUGUUGCCGUCUACACCUUUGUGCCACGGCUGACGCCGGCAAGCGAGCUCGCGCUCACCCUGGCCCGGGUCGUGCCUCUCUACCGUGGCUCGCCGUUUGCUGCCGUCACGACGGUCCGGUUUUCGCCGCCGCUUGGCGGCUCCUCCUCCCCGCCGCCGCACCUCGCCUUUGCACUGCCAAAUACAGUCGCGGUGUGGGCGAGCGCCGUCGACGACGUUGAUCCAGAACGCGGCCUCGGUCAGCUCGCGGCACCUACCGCCGAUGGCACAAUCUGUGUCAUGCUCCCGUUGCCGACGUGCAGCGUUGACACCGUCGUCUGCUCGGUUUGCCCGUUUCUCCCGCCGGCUGCAGCGGCAGACGCGUCGCAGCUCUGGAUCCGCCGGUUCGUGGCGCCCGAGGGCAUCACCGGCCUGGCGUGGGAAGUCGACAGGGGGCUCUUCCUCCGGACCACCACGCGGACCGGCGUCUUUUCGCGAUACACCCCACGGCUGCACGAAGCGAGCCGUGCGCCGGAGAAGACGAUGCCGCUACCGGUCGCAACGAGUGCGGCGGCGCCCGGUCCUGUUGUUAGCGGCCUUGCCACCUCGCUCAACGCCACCCAUGUGGCGUACGCCAUUGCAGCUGAGAACGAGGUAAUGCUGGGAUACACCCGGUCUGCGACUGCGCCGACAAAGCUUCAGCCCAUGGCCUACUUUUGUCUCCAGCGGUGCUCCGGCCCAAGCGGCGUCCUCGACGUAGACGCCAAAAUAGCGUCGGUUCUCCGCUCAUCCGCGCCGGUGGUCGCCCUAUGGGAUCUUGCUGCCGACCUCGUUGCCCGUGCCGACCGCUCCUUGUACGAUGCGGUCGUGCUGCAGCUGCUAGACGUCGGGAUCGCCGCAGAGGCUUUGACGACUGCCUCGGCGCUCCCGCCGAACCUCCUCGUCGCGCCAAUCCAUGCCCGAGUCCCAGCCGCAAUCCGUGCUGGACGACCGCGCGCUCUCCAGCACGCUAUCUUCCUCAUGGAGGCCGUCGGCCCCAGCGUUAGUCUUGAAGCCCUCCUCGCCUUUCGCACGCUCUACCGCUGCGCAGCAACGACACCGCCGCUCGCCGAGCGAACCGGCGCCUCCACCACUGCCACAGCGCUCGUCGCCGACGUGCUCCUCGCGCUCCCGACCCUCUCUCCGGGGCUUCUUGCAAACGCGACCUCGCUCGCCUCUGCCACGGUGGUGGCCGGCUGCCAGCUCGCGGCCGAUGUGCUUGCAGCCAUGGGCGACGAGAGUGCGGCGUCUGCCGCGUCCCGCGCCGCUGUCGUCGCCGCAGCCGCUGGGCACCCGGACCUGACGCUCGAACCGUACAAGGCGCCACAACGAGAGACGUGUCCAUUUUGCGCUGCUCCAGUGGCGUACACCCCGCGCGAGAUGAGCAGCGAGGGGUGGUCCACCUGUGAUGCUGGCCACCCGCUCGAGCGCUGUGCGCUCUCGUACGGCCUGCUUGACGUGACCCGGACCGAGCGUGGGUGCGAGUGGUGCGCAGCGCGGUUUGCUUCGGCGAACGAGGGCCUCAGCUGGCUCCCAGAGCUCGGCUCGGCAGCUUGCCCAGUGUGCGGGCUCGCGUAGUGUGUAGAUAAUUGCUCAAGCUCGAGCUGCG